AUGUUUUGGUUAAUAUACACUACAUUUUUAAGUCCCACUGUUGCAUCUGUGGGUCCUCACAUGCACAGAAAUCAAUCGACAACAUGUGAAGAGUUUGGUAAAUUUGCAAGAUUUAACCCAUAUUCCGUGCUGCAUGACGAGUGGAUGUCGUUUUAUCAUUGGGGCCCGGAUACAGCACCGAUGUAUGUCAAAUUUGCGAUACCGACGACGAAGCAAAUAGAUUAUCUGAAGCAAUUUAUCGAUGGAUACGUUUUAGAACCAGUAAAUUGGACCGCGACCUUACUCAUUUUGAAAGAAAGAAAUAACAUUACUCAACUCUUAGUGGAGCAGAAUGACAGAGGAAGCUACAUUCUUUAUAUGCCGUAUAGAAAUUUAAAACCAGGUCAAACUGUAGACAGUAUGGAAAUUCAAUUGAAGCAAGUCGAAAGAGGAAAAUAUAUUGGUCUAAUGAAUUGCCAAUAUCGUGAAGCUUACGCGCUGACUAGAUGGAAGGAUAUGCCAAAUAAAAAGCAUCUCCAGAAUGCAGCAGCUAAAAUAGGUUACAGAGGACGAAAUGGCAAGUCCUAUCUCUAUCGAGGUCACCAGUGGAUGCCUAUUGGUGAAUCAGAUCAUGACUACUACUGGCAUCUUGAUCACCACCUGGAUGAUACGCCAGCCCAUCACUAUGAGUACUAA